ACCACGGAGGAAGACUAUGGAGACCAUGGUGUUACUCCUGAUCUGCACUGUGCUUGCCUUCACCCCUGCACAAGCUUACACUUCCUUUCCCUGGACUACAUAUCCUUCAUUACCCCAACUUUCCACUGAAACUGCUUGGCAGUGUGGUGGCACUCUGACCCAAUCAAGAGGACAGUUCACAAGCCCCAACUAUCCCCAGAGCUAUCCAAACAAUGCACAUUGCACCUGGAACAUACGAGCUAGUGGUUACCGGACUAUCUACCUGGAGUUCUCUUACUUUCUUUUGGAAACUACCCCUGGCUGUGGAUAUGACAGAGUUUCAGUAUACGAUGGCCCUUCAUCAUCCUACCCACUUCUAGGGAGAAUCUGUGGGGGACAAAAAAGAACCUACAAUUCCACCCGCAAUUACAUGACAGUGGUUUUCGAAAGUGACUCUUCCUCUACUUACAAAGGAUUUGAAGCAUUCUACAGCUUUCAUGAUGUUGAUUCAUUCCCAGGUUAUUCUACUGCAGAGACUCAAACUACAGCUUGGUAUCCAGAUGUCACAACAAGCAGUAGUGGAUCCUGCAGACACUAUUGUGGGUACCAUCUUGGCAGCUGCUCCUGCUAUUCCUCCUGCAGAUACUACGGUGACUGCUGCCAUGACUACUAUGAUUACUGCUACGCUACGACUCCUGAUUUUGUCACCACAACAGAUGUCACAACAAGCAGUAGUGGAUCCUGCAGACACUAUUGUGGGUACCAUCUUGGCAGCUGCUCCUGCUAUUCCUCCUGCAGAUACUACGGUGACUGCUGCCAUGACUACUAUGAUUACUGCUACGCUACGACUCCUGAUUUUGUCACCACAACAGCUGCUGCCUUGACAACAGACAGUGGAUCCUGCAGGUACAAUUGUGGUUACGACUUCGGAAGCUGCUCCUGUUCUUCCUCCUGCAGUUACUAUGGCAACUGCUGCCCUGACUUCUGUGGGUACUGCUCCAGCUUGGACUAUGGUUACUGCUAUGGAACUCCUACUCCUAGUAUCCCUACUCUUCAAUGGGAUACUACAACAGCUUCCAGUGGCUCAUGCAGGAACAACUGUUAUGGCUAUAGUGGAAAUUGCUCCUGUUCCUCCUCUUGCUCGAACCAUGGCAACUGCUGUAAUGACUUCUGUGACUACUGCCCAUAUGUGAAUCACGUUUUCUGCUACCCCAUCACCACACCAACUUCGACACCAAGUACAGUUUGGGGAUCAUGCAAUGGAAAUUGCUAUGGCCAUUCUGGAAACUGCUCCUGUUCCUCCAACUGCAGUUACCAUGGAAACUGCUGCAAUGACUUCUGUGAUUACUGCUUCAAUGUGGACAGCAGCUACUGUUUCAACCGCCCAGGUUACUGUGGGGGUAACCUUGGUGGCUCCUCUGGUUCGUUCUCAAGCCCCAAUUACCCCAAUAAUUACAACAAUGGAGCUAACUGCAUAUGGCACAUCACAGUUCCCAACGGACAGAAAGUCUUUUUGACUUUCACUGACUUUGAACUUGAGUCAUGUGGCAGCUGUGGCUGUGACUCUGUCUCUAUAUACGAUGGACGCACAUCUUCUUCUCCUCUGAUUGCGAAGAUCUGUCAGAACACGACAUCAGACUCGUACCACUCAACCUCCCACUACAUGACUGUGGUCUUCAGAACAGAUGGCUCUGCUGUCAGAAAAGGCUUUCGGGCUAUUUACAGCAGCACUGUGCCAGUAUAUGGAGCUCAAGUGGAGUGCUCUUCAGAUGCCAUGCGAGUGAUCAUCCAGAACUCCUACCUGGACUCCAUGGGACUUACUGGCAAUGAUUUAUACCUCAAUGACCAAUACUGUCGACCUGUGUUCUCUUCUUCCCACGUAACAUUCAAUGUUCCACUAAACAGCUGUGGGACAGUUCGAGAGGACAGCCGCGGGCGCAUCACGUACAUCAACGAUGUAAGGGCUUUCGUCUCCAGCUCGGGAGAGAUCACACGCCAGUCCCACAUGCAGCUCCGCGUGGGCUGCCGGAUGCAGCAGGACACCAUGGUGCAGAUCAUGUACGUGGCAAGGGAGCGCGUGACUGGCAACAUCACCGGCUCAGGGAACUACAACGUCAAAAUGGCCUUCUACACAUCCAGCAACUUCUACUACCCAGUGACUAUGUCUCCCUAUGUAGUGGAUCUUAACCAGUUCCUCUACGUGCAAGCGCAGCUCCAGAGCAGCGACAGCAACCUGGUGAUCUUCCUGGACACAUGCGUGGCCUCCCCCUCUCCCACUGACUUUUUAACACGAACCUACGAUCUGAUUCGUGAUGGCUGCAGGAAGGACAGCUCCUUUUACAGUUACGUCAGCGGUACCUCGACAGUGGCGCAGUUCAGAUUCAGUGCCUUCAAGUUCAUACGCUCCCAUCCCUCAGUGUACCUGCAGUGCAGGAUUGCAGUGUGCAACGCCUAUGACAACUAUUCACGCUGUAAACAAGGGUGCCAACCCCGCAAGAGGAGGGACCUGAGCUCCUCCCAUGAGAAGACCACCGUGGUGCUGGGGCCCAUCCAGCUAAGGGGUAAGAUCAGGACAAGUUCCCAUUGUCUGGGUCUCCAUGCAUACCACAGUGCAAAGAACUCAAUUUUUCUGCUAAAAAAGUUACAUAUCGACUGAGCUGCCAAUCUAAAAUUUCACGAGGAAGUUCAAAAUGGUUUCUUUUCAUUUUGCAACAUUUAGAAAUUGCAUUUUCUCAUUCCAAAAGUGUUUUUCAUGCACUGUAGCAGAAAAUGGUUUUAGACUACAGACUUGUUAGAACUGUAAACCACAAUGUCCAGGAAUACAUUGUACCAAGUUCAUCACUCUCCUGUCAUUUUGACUACCCUGUAUCUUUUUCAGUGGAGAAUAGCUUUUUACUUAAGUAUUCCCACUCAGUGUUAAACUCAAUCUUUUCCUGUUUUUCAGAUCCUACAAAGCCAGACAAGGAAACCCUGGUCCAAGCCAUAGUGUAACAAGUCAAGGCCCAGCUUGAUGCAGCCUUACUUACUAUAUCGGAGCUAACCUUCUCUCUUUCCCUUGACCAGUCACGAUCCAGUCUUUCACCUUAAUGCUUUUUAGGAGAUUCAUUAAUUUCUAACUGUUUAGCACAGAAAAUAUUUUCCACCCUGUAAUUCUAUUAACCCAAUAAAAAAAACACUGGCAAAACA